AUGCCGCCAACCCCAGUCCUCACCCGGCGCUCGGACCGAAGCCAGAACCUGAACUCCAGGCCCCGCCCGCCCCGGUGGAAAACUCUAUCUCUGAAUGGCAGUAAGCAACAAUCCCAUCAGCUAGUAAGUGACCUUGGUCUUAAAAUUGUACAGACUGUGAAUCAUGUUGGGGAUAGCGAAUCUAUAGCUGGUGGUGAGACAGCACCUCCUGCAGAGACCUGUGUGUGGUACAGAAAACUUAAAAUGCAAUAUCCAUCCGGUCUGCAAACACUGUGUGAGUUUAAGACAUGCUUGCGUCUGCAAGGUCUGAAUCAAAAAGCCAGUCAACGUGUUGAUCAAAUCUGUAAUACCGUUGACAAGAACAAAGAUGGAUGUAUUGCUGCUGUAAAUCUAGUAGUACAAGGAAAAAUGAAGCAAAUUCUCCAUGAUGCAGAUGGAAAUGGUUCUAUUGACAAAAGGGAACUACUGAACAUCUUCGUGGCACUACAAGCCCUCAAUGGCCAGCAAACUCUGAAUCUUGAAGAAUUUACCAACUUGGUAUUCCAUAAGAUGGAUACAAACGAUGACAGCAAAGUAGCUACUUACCUUGGUCUCACUUUUCUUACUGAGCAGGAAAUUGACUUUAGAAGAAUUUAUCAAUGGCAUGGAAAAAGAAUAGCAUCUUCUGGAGGUUGUUUCCAAGAGUUUCGACCUUUCCAAUGUACUGAAAGUAAUCUGUGUUGGGAAACAGCCAGACAGACAUAG